AUGGUACGGAAGAACGCCACUGUGGCUGGUGACGCUAGUGCUCCAUCUGCUCGCGCCUCCCUCAGUACCUACGCCCUCGCUACCAACGAAGCCCUCUACACCGUCCUUGGACGCCGUCUUUCCCUUUAUUCAACCACACACUCUUCUUCUGGCUUGCUGCCGUAUUCUUUGAACAGACAGACGCCAAAAGCGCCUGUGCCAUCUCGCUCACCGAGGCCUCUACAAAGAGCUGCCAGCGCCAGCUCUCCUCGACUCCAGCGCGCCGCUCUCACCCUCCUCAUCGACGACACCAUGUCAGGCUACGACGAUCGCGACUCCGGCUCGGACGACGAGCCGUUCAACCCUGAAGUCGAAGUCGACGAAGACGACUUGCCUGCGGACAACGCACCCGUGCGCCGGCCUGUUGCAGCGGAGGACGAUGAGGACGACGCCGCUGAAGGAGCGAACAACGAUGAUGACGACGACGAGGAAGGCGGCGAGGAGAACGACGAUGACGAUGAAGAGGAUGAGGACGACGACGACGAAGAUGAAGUUGUGACACGGCCUGCAAAGCGAAGAAAGAAGGCCAAGCGCAACAUGUUCAUCGAUGUCGAAGCCGAAGUCGACGAGGAGGAGGAAGAGGAAGACGAAGGCGACGAUGACAUCCAGGACGAAGUGCACCCCGAUGACCUCCUCGAGACCACGAACGCCGACCUCGACGACCGCCACCAUCGCGAGCUGGACAUGCGCCGUGAGGUCAACGAGCAGAUGGACGUCGAGGAGCUCGCGAAAGAGUUCGACGAAAAGUACCGCCGCAGGCAGAUGCAGACCGCUCGUCGCGGCGCGACCGGAGCUGUACCCUUGGCCCUUCCCACCGUCAACGACCCCUCGAUCUGGAGCGUUAAGUGCCGCCCCACCAAGGAGCGCGAGAUCAUCAUGAGCAUCCAGAGACGCAUCGACGAGAAGAUGCGCGCGAAACAGCCCGUCAAGGUUUAUUCGGCCUUUGAGCGUGGCCCUAACGGCCCACAGUCUGGAUACCUCUACGUGGAAGCCGACGCGAAGCAAGACAUGUUGGAGAUUAUUGAGGGCAUCCAGAACGUUUUCAUGAGCGGCGAGAUGCUGUCCAUCGACGUCAAGGAGCGCCCAGAUCUGCUCCGCAAGAAGAGGAGGCCGCCUCUAGAAGUUGGAAAGUUCGUGCGCAUGAUCCGGCCACCGACCUACAAGGGCGAUCUGGCGAAGGUUGUUGAGAUCUCCGGCAAUGGUCUGGAGUGCGCAGUGCAGAUUGUCCCUCGUCUGGACUACGGUCUGAACGAAGAUACCAACGCCGCGGUCGACAACAAGCGCAAACGAGGAUUUUUCGGACCAAAGACCGAACGACCACCUCCCAAGCUGUUCAGCGAGGCUGAGGCGAAGAAGAGGCACAUGAAGCAUCUUACCAUGGCGGGCUCCGGGGCACAGAGAACGUACACAUAUAAGGGCGACGAUUACAUUGGCGGCUUUCUGGUGAAGGAAGUUCCGGUCAACCAUGUAACAUCCGAGAGAGUCAACCCGAAGAUGGAGGAGCUGCAGUACUUCUCCAUACAAAAUGCGGAUGGUUCUGAGACCCUGGACCUGGUCGCCGUUCAAGCUGCACAGAAGGCCGCCGAGACUGGCGCGGCCUUUGCUUCUGGAGACAAUGUCGAGAUCUACACCGGUGAACAGAGAGGUAUUCGAGGUACUACCGUAACCGUUACUGGUGAAAUCGUCACUCUCCGAGUCAGCGAGGGCGAGCUCAGGGGCCGCAAAAUCGAUGCCCCCGUCAAGACGUUGCGAAAGUUGUUCCGCGAGGGUGAUCACGUCAAGGUCAUCGGCGGCAGCAAGUACGUCGAUGAAGUCGGUCUGGUCACCAAGAUCAGGGACGACAAGAUUACUCUGCUCUGCGAUUCGACACAGCAGGAAAUCACGGUCUUUAGCAAGGACCUGAAGCGUGCUGCCGAUUCUGCGACUGUCGGUGCAGACUCCAACUUCGACCUCUACGACCUUGUGCAGAUUGAUGCCUCGACCAUUGGUUGCGUCGUCAGAGUUGACCGCGAGGUGCUGCGCGUAGUCGACCAGCAGGGUGACGUGCGCACACUCCUCCAUACCCAGGUCUCUCAGAUCGCCGGUCGAAACCGAAAUGCUGUGGCUACAGACCGUGAUGGAUCUGAAAUCAGACACGAAGACAAUGUCAAAGAGUACGGCGGUGAAAACCGACAAGGCAAGGUUCUCUACAUCCACAGGGGUAUUCUCUUUGUGCAGAACCGCGAACUGGUCGAGAACCAGGGCAUCUUUGUCGUCCGCAGCACAAGCGUCCUCACCAUGGCGGCCAAGAGUGGGCGAGCCCAAGCGCAAGAUCUCAGUGGCUUGAACCCAGCGCUGAACGCUGGCGCAAAUGGCAGCUCCGGACCCAUGCCUCCUCCUCGAAGCUUCGGCCGCGACAAGCUGAUUGGCAAGACAGUCAUCAUCCGCAAGGGUGCAUACAAGGGACUUCUCGGCAUCGUGAAAGACACUAUGAAUGACGAAGCACGGAUCGAGCUGCACACCAAGAACAAGCAGGUGUCGGUCAAAAAGGAGCUCCUGUCGAUCAAAGACCCCAUCACUGGCAACAGCAUGCCCGUCGGCGGCGGAAAGUUCCCAGAUCGCUCGCGUGGGGGCUUCUCUGGCUCCACACCCAGCCACAACAGCGGCAGCGGACGCACACCGGCGUGGGGCAAUGGCGGUGGUCGAACGCCGGGCUGGGGUGGCGGUGGUGGCGCUGGCGGUCGCACGCCUGGUUGGGGAGGGGGCGGUGGUGGCCGCACACCUGGCUGGGGAGGUGAUGGCGGACGCACAGCGUACGGUGGCGGUGACGGCAGCCGCACAUCAUACGGUGGAGCGACAGCAUACGGCGGCGCUACGUCUUACGGCGGUGCGACAUCCUACGGCGGAGGCACGGCCUAUGGUGGCAACGAUGGCAACCGCACUGCAUACGGCGGCUUCAACUCUGGCGGCCGCACGCCUGGCUGGGGAGGCUCUGGCUCUGGCAACCCAGCUUCCAAGUCCAACCUAUCUGCACCUACACCGGGAGCUUACAACGCUCCCACACCAGGUGCGUAUGCGGCGCCAACACCUGGUGCGUACGGUGCCUACUCUGCACCGACACCUGGCGGGCCCAUGGACGCGCCCACGCCGGGCAACUAUUCCGCGCCUACGCCAGGCGAUCGCUAUGGCGUUACACCAGCGGCAGCACCGACCCCAGGCGCAUGGGAUAUCUCGACACCAGCGCCGAGCGGAGAGGAUCCCGGCUACCAUUGA